CCUAAUCACGCCGUUCAGCACAAAAAACGACCGUCCUUCGUGACAGCACUCUGCAAUGGCAUCUGCUAUGGCUGCAUCCACUGUCUGUGCCCGCCCCAGCACCUUCCGUGGCCCCAGCGCCAGGAGGACUUUCAGCGUGAAGCCCACCCGUGGCGUCCGUGCCGCUGGCCAGUUCAAGGUCUCUGCCUACAAGGUGACCCUGAAGACCCCUGAGGGCGAGCAGACCAUCGAGUGUGCAGAUGACGUCUACAUCCUGGACGCCGCUGAGGAGGCCGGAAUCGACCUCCCCUACUCAUGCCGUGCCGGAGCUUGCUCCUCAUGCGCCGGCAAGGUCGAGGCCGGCACCGUUGACCAGUCUGACCAGUCCUUCUUGGACGACACCCAGCAGUCCAACGGCUUCGUGCUCACAUGCGUUGCCUACCCCACCUCCGACGUGACCAUCACCACCCACCAGGAGGAGGAGCUCUACUAGACGAACAUCGUCUGAUCCUGAAGUGCUUGUUUCUGGCGGGGAAGGUCCUUUCCUUCGGGCAUUGUGAUCUACAAUUGAAUAGAUGAAGGAAUGUGGCUUUUCUGGUUUUUCAUGUUGUCGUGUUGUUUUGCACAGCCCUGAGAGAGUAGAGUCAGAACCCCCAUUCGUGAGAAGACAAGACUACCAGUGCGUUCACACUGGUUUAACCCAGUGAGAUUGCACUGGAGCGGAAUGCUCCCGCAUACUAUUUUUGGCUUGUAAAGAUUGCGCAUGCCAACAA